AUGCUACCUCCCGUUGUUCUCCUUAUUAUUGGUGGCUUCAUUGCAUUCGUCUUGGCGUUCGCCAUCGGUGCAAAUGACACGGCCAACUCAUUCGGAACCUCCGUUGGAAGCAAGGUAACAGUCGGAAUACGGAGCGCUCUCAAAGUUAAUUUUUUUAGGUGUUGACCCUCCAUCAAGCGUACAUCUUGGCGAGCAUCUUCGAAACCCUCGGCGCGUGUCUUCUCGGUAAGCGUAGAGUAGAAGCAGCACGUGACUGUAGUAUGUUCAAAGACGAAAUUGAAAUGUUUUGCAGGCCAUCAAGUGACGGACACUAUGCGCAAGGGCGUCAUCGACAUCGAAGCUCUAUCGCCAUCGAAUGUGACUGGGGCAAUUCAGAAGUCGAACGAGCAAGUGAUAAUGUUGGGACAAAUCGCCAUUCUUACUGGAUGCGGUGCGUGGAUGUUGCUGGCGACUGCUUUCAAGCUGCCCGUCUCAACGACUCACUCCAUCGUCGGCGCAACCAUCGGAUUCGGUCUUAUUGCGAGUGGCCCAUCGGUCAUCAUCUGGACAAAGAUUUACCGCAUUUGUGAGAGAAAUAUCUAUAGUUCGAAGAGAGCAUUUGCUUAUUUACAGUCGCUUCGUGGAUCAUCUCUCCGCUUCUUUCCGGAAUCACUUCACUCAUAAUCUACCUGGCAUUGGAUCACUUGGUUCUGAGACGCGUAAGUUGCAGGAUCUGCUCUGAUUUUACAAUACAACUAUCUACAGAAAGAGCCUCUCCACAGUGGAAUUCGAGUUCUCCCUGUCCUCUAUUUCCUCUGCUUCGCAUUCAAUGUGUUCGCCAUCGUUUACAAGGGACCUUCGUGUUAGUUAUCUACUCUCGUUUUUCAUAUUAUGUUCUUUUUUCAGUCCUCAAAUUCGAUGGACUCACUCUCACUGAAUGUCUCCUCAUAUCAGGAUCGAUCGGCCUCUGUGUCGCCCUCGUGUUCGCUUUCUUCCUGGCUCCGUAUCUCAAAAACCACAUCUUGAGUAUGUUUAAGACUUCGAGGAUGAGGUUAGCCAUUGUCGAUAAGGCACCGCACCCUAUCAGUGGCCUUAUCAUACCCGCUUAGUAUUUAGUUUACUUUUUGUUUGCCCUUUUCAGGUGGUCAAGUUUUAGGAAACUGGUUUGAAAUAGUACUGAAAGUGUCUUUUCAGGCAAAGAAAUUCUCGAAAUAACCGGAAAGCAGCAGCGGCACGGACAUGAGAAGCACAAUAACAACCACAAAGAUGUGGACAUGGAAGAAGGAAACGGAAAGGCGAUCGAAAUGAAAAGCCACGAUGAGCAGCAGAGUACGUGACCAUCUUUUCAUGCCGCGUCCAAUGUCUCGGAAAAACCGUAAAAACCGCAGAUUUUGCUGUCCAAAGUCGGCCGAAAUUUGCGUGAAAAACGGGGGUGUGCACAGCUCAAUGAGUGUAACCGUACCUCUAAAACUACGGUAUUUUUUGAAAAUUUGUUAAUUUCUUGAGGUUAUUUGAAAAUAUUCAAAUUUUUUGCGCAAAUUUUCAAAAAAUACCGUAGUUUUAGGGGUACGGUUACACUCAUUGAGCUGUGCGCACCUCCGUUUUUCACGCAAAUUUCGGCCGACUUUGGACAGAAAAAUCUGCGGUUUUUACGGUUUUUCCGAGACAUUGGACGCGGCAUCAGGAAUUUCCCUAUCGGAAUGUUUUCAGAAACCUCUCUUCUCAAUCAGCCAACGAUCGUUGUGAGCACGUGUCCUUCGAACGGAGAAUCAAGUUCGUCGUUCACCAAUCCGAAGAAUACCAUCCGUCCGUCGACCUCGCUCGCUUCUUUCUUUCGCUCUUGCAAACCGGAAGAUCCACAGGCUUCUCGACUCUUCUCACUCCUUCAAGUGAUGACUGCCUGUUUCGGAGGAUUCGCACACGGUGGUAACGACGUCAGCAAUGCUAUCGCUCCACUCGUCUCUCUCUGGCUGUACGCCAAUCCAAGUGAUGAUGGUAAUGACAGUACUCCAUGGCAACUGUUGCUCUAUGGAUCGUUUGGUAUGUGCGUUGGACUCUGGGUUCUCGGACAUCGUGUUAUCUACACCGUCGGAGAGAAUUUAACGAAGAUCACUCCUGCUUCCGGUUUCUCAGUCGAAUUCGGAGCCGCCGUCACUGUUCUCGUCGCCUCCAAAAUGGGACUUCCUAUCUCAUCUACACAGUGCAAAGUGAGAGAAUUUUUUAAUUCUCAGUUCCAUCAUCGGAUAUUUCACAGGUCGGAUCGGUCGUCGCCGUCGGCCUCAUUCAGUCGAGACACGAAGUUCACUGGGGAGUGUUCCGCAACAUCUCGCUCUCCUGGAUCGUCACUCUUCCAGUUGCCGGUAAGUCCUUCAAGAGUUCAGCUUUCAGUGCUCGAGGUAAUGAUCACUUGACUUCGUUUUAGAGUGCACUUUGAGUAGGAGGGGUUCGAAAAAUAUAUAUGAAAUUUGAGUCGUCUCUGGUGGUCGGUUGUUGAGAUCUAAUUCAGGGCUGUAGUAUGGGAAACGGAAGAAGAACUCACUGUGAAGACGUAAUUAGAAAGUAGGAGACGGUUUCUGAAAAAUCAGAGGUGACUAAAGAAAAACGUAGAAAUAUUGGGCUCCAAUUUUCCUUUCACCAAUUAUCCUAUCUCAUUCUAGUUCUUUAUGUGUUUUUUCAAUUGUCUCAGACAACACGAACACAAAUUGCGGGUUGUCGUUCACCUUACACCGGCUCAUCGUCUUUUUUGCAGGACUGCUCUCCGCCGGAACCAUGGCCCUCCUUUCCCUAACACUGAUCGGCACUGCAGCUCCGAACGAGGAUUCCGUUCUUCGGUUCUUCUUCUAA